CGCUGGAAUCAACUCAUCAGUGAUGGGUUUAGUUUGGUUUUAUAGUUGCUCCUAACCCACAUAUAUGUCAUCUGGUCAAUAAAGUUCUAAGACUGGAACUCCUUUCAGUCACAGAUAUUUGUAACUAAAAAAAUCAAAGAAGUACUUUGCUAUUGUUUCUCCUUGUGGCUAACAUUAUUUGUUCACAGGCAGGAAACUGUACAGUAUUUUGGACUACUGAAGUAGAAAGCUAUGAAAGUUGAUAGGCGGAGCCUAAAAAUUGUUUCUAAACUACGUAACUUCUUUCUGCUUAGGAGUUAGCACGGUGUGAUUUGGGCAUCAAUAAUCAAGUUUUCAAGUCACUCUAAUCAGCGCCGUGUUUCCUUGCUAUCUUUCAAAAUAGACAAACUAUAAUUCCUGUAUUUCUGAAGAUCUCAAGAUCUAGAUUACUGUGAAAGAAGUCUCCAGUGAGGCUCAGCAAUAACUUGAGAUGGGAAAUGAAUACAAGAAAAUUGUUCUACUGAAGGGAUUAGAGGAAAUCAAUGAUUAUCAUUUUAACAUAGUCAAGUCUUUACUGGCCUAUGAUUUGCAACUGACAAAAAAAAUGCAGGAAGAAUGUGAUAGAAUUAAGAUUGCUGACUUGAUGGAAAAAAAGUUCCGAGGUGCUGCUUGUGUGGACAAACUAAUAGAAUUAUUCAAAGAUAUCAAAGAUCUCAAAAAAGAUAUUACUAAAAAGCUUAGAAGAGCAAAGUUAAAAGUUGCAAAGAAAAUUAAAGAAAAGACAAAAACUCCAAGGAAAAGCAGCAACCAGGGUAGAUCAUGUCCUGUAACAUCUACAACUGCCACACAAGAAGGUCAGAAACGAAAAAACACAGUUAAGGAGAAGCCUGUAACCAAAAAGCAAAAGGUUUCCCAGGAGCAGAGUCAACCUCCAUGUCCUUCAGGAGCCAGUACGUCUGCAACCAUGGAUCACCCCUCACCUCCUCAAAUCUCAUCAUCUUCUUCAUCCUUCAUUUCCUUAACUGAGGAGGAGAGUGAGAGAGAUGCAGCAUCCACACCAGUGCAGGAGAACACAGCAGUGUAAUAUUAUCUACUGCUCCAAUCUGUUUCAUAUUUCUGCUCGCUAAUCCAUUAUCAUUUCUUCAACACACCAUGCUCCUUUCUUCUUCAGAGUUUUAAACAUCACGUGUCUCUUAACUGGAAAUUUCUUAAUUUGACAAAACCUACCAACGCUUUGGAUCCCAAUACUGAUAUCCCUCCAGAGGGAAUCCUUCCUGAAACCCCACUGAGUCUACAUGAAAGCUUCAUGGUGUUAAAUUUGGAAGGACCUUAUGUUUUACUUUUGACUACUUAUGACAACUGUAAUUAAUAAAUGUUUGCAUCCCACUCUUGACUAUGAGUUCCAAGGGUAGGGCUACCUUGUUGGCCUUGUGAACCAAUGUAACCUAAAAAAAAAGACGUUGCCGUCGAGUCAAUUCCGACUCAUAGUGACCCUAUAGGACAGAGUAGAACUGCCCCCAUAGAGUUUCCAAGAAGCGCCUGGUGGAUUCAAACUGCCAACCUUUUGGUUAGCAGUGGUAGCUCUUAACCACUAUGCCACCAGGGUUCCCAAUGUAACCUAGUACCUAGUUUUUUGCCUGCCUCACAGGAGGCUCUCAAUAAAUACAUUUAUUUAAUAAAAUAAUGAAAACUAAAUAGUAUGAGUCAGCACAGUCAAUGAAGGAAAAAAAUGCAGAUCAUUAAAUCCAGUAAAAGAGGUGAUAUCAAUACGGAGGCUCAAAGGAUGCAAAACAACAAAAACAAAAAAAGGAGAUGCAAGUGGGAGAGAAGUUGAGGACUUUGGAAAAAUAUAGGCAGAAGGAAGACCAUACACCAAUGCUUGAAAAUGGAAAAUGAAAGGAAAAUACUGCAUUUCUAAUUAUUCUUAUCAGAUUUUAAUGUUCUCAGUAGUGGACUUUUACUCUUUUACUAUAACUCCCAUCAAUGGCAUGAUAAUAACACAUGAAAACUCAAAUGAUUCUUAUUCUACAUGGAGAGAUUUUGAUUUUUUUUUUUCCUGGCUACACACUAAAUGAGAGAGAUUAUGGACCACAGAAGGAAAACAAUAAUUCUAAACACAAUGUCUCUCUCUGCUCCAUUCUCUCUGUCUUUCUUUCUCUCUCCCUUGCAUUCCCUCUACAUAAAUAAAAUAUGGUUAUUUUAAAACUGGGGAAAAAAUCUAAUACAGAAUAACAUUUAUCAACAAAGAUGUUCAUUACAACAUUGAUUAAAAUAGUGAACAAUCUGAAGCAAACAAAGAAUAAAUUAGGGACUGAUAUAAAAUGUUAACAACAGUUUAAGCUGGGUAUAGGGAAUAUGGGAAAUCUGUA